AGAUGGAGGCGAAGAAUUGUCAUGAAAGGAUACUUUCCCGGGUAUUUCACGUAUCUCUAACAACCGGGAUUGUCCUUAUUCUAGUGCUUAAAGAUACAGGUAACCAAGGUUGAUGCUCUCUAUAACUAGCGUAGACAUUUCCUCACGUAUUUUGGUGUAUUAUGUAAAUUUGCCGUCAUAUUUUUUUCAGAACUUAGAAGAGCUUGUUUUGAUGGGAACUGGUUGUAUGUCGCAGCGUUCAUGUCGCUUUGUUUCAUCGGUUUCAUUUUCUACUUUGUUGCAAGCUGCAUGGAUCCUGGUUUUGCUGAAAUAAGUGACGAAAAAAGUAUAAUGGUUUCUUUUGAGGUGAGAUCUCGCUAUGUACGUGCUCAAUCAAGACAAAAUACAUAGGAAUCGAAAGUAAACACAGGCAGUUCUAUCGCUAUUGAAUACACAAAUCUUUAUUCGCUAAUUGCUCGAAUUGUAUAAUUAUUAAUUAGUAUUUCCCUGUUGUUAAGUAGGUACGGUCUGUCUUUCAUCGAGUGGAUGAGUCUAACUUCGUGAUUGGAAACUAAUUGCGGAAAAAAUCACUAUCGGAUGAGAAAACGUCAACAUAAAUACUUACAUUUACCAAACUAAAUCAUUGGGAAGAAAAGUAUGAAAUUAGAAACCGACAUAAUGAAUAUAGAUGUUAUUUUCAACAAGUCGUUGAUAGUUGAAACUUCUUGGAAAUCUCAUUAAAUAAACGUUUUCUCUAUGAUUACGCCGAAUGUUUUCUUGUAGGAAGAUACAAUAUAUAUCCUGUAUCUCUGUUCAUCCCCAAAUGGCCUUACACUGUUCGCAAGAUUGCCCCUUUUCAGCUAUCCAAUGAAUGCAUGCUUCUAUUUAGUACAAGGCUUACACUUCCGAAGUUAUUUUACACAACAUCAUAAUUAAACAAAAUGGAACUAAAAUGAGAUCAAUCAAUCAAAUGUUUGAUAUUUCAUCGUGUAUGUUGUGGUUCAAUUUUAUUCGUAGUUCAAAUUUUAUUUUUCUUUGUUUUAAACUCAUUAUCAUACAUUACAAUACCCAAAAACAAAAGAAAAGAAAAUUUGAACUAGGGGUAAAAUUGAACUACAACAUGUACAAGAAGGUUCUUCUAUUUUUGUUUUGUUUUUAGAAGAAGUGCAUGAUAGUCAAUAAAGAGAAUUACUUAUGAGAUCUUGGUAUUGAAAGGGAUAAAAAGUAAUUUGCUCUUAAGAAAGAUGUUUUUUUGCAAGACGAAAAAAACUUCUUUCUUAAUUCUUCACCAAGCUCAAAACUUACUAUCUGUACUAUUUCCAUCUAAUUUGCCCUCGAGGUGUCUGGAUCUCUUUAGAGUUUUGACUUUGUUAAGUAGUUGUUGCAAAUGCUGUUUAUGAUUAAUGAUGAUGUUGAUGAUGUUUGUGAUUGUGAUGUGACAUUAGAACUUCAUCAUUUAACUCGGAAUUAAGAAACACCUCUUUAGGAGGCUUAUUAGCCACAUAGAGCAGACUACACAUGUUUGAUUGUUCUUGAGUCUGUGUGUUUUUGUUAAAUUCAUCCCACCAUUAUUUCUCUACAAUUGAAUAUUGUUGAUUUACCAUUGAUAUUUUCUUGUAAUCACUUUGUCCAUGCAUGUUUGUUUCACUUGAUUCUGUUUCAGAUUUACACAAUUUCAUCAGGACUCUUUCAAUUUUGUGGCUACUGUCUCCUUAAGGAGGCGAAGCCACAUAUGUUGUGGAGAUCAGUGAAUGAAAAAGUGUAACAAUAGUAAUAAUGUACAUGAAAAAAUUACAUGUAUUUGAUUGGUUGAAAAUGAGUACAUUCUCAUGUAACACAAGUGCAAAAUUGUAACAUGAGUGUAAAUUACAAAUAGCUUGCAAACACUUUCAAAUUUUGUUUAUCUUGACUCUCCAUGAUGUUUUUUCAUGUACAUUGUUAUCAAGUAAUAACAUGAUUCCUGUUGCAUUUUGGUGUCUUAAGAACUUGUAAAUUUUUGAAAGACUACAAAUUACACUUGCAUUAAUUGGGCUAGUGCAAUUUUGUUGUCUUUGGAAAAUUUUGUUGUGCUCAUUAAUACAAGAUUGCACUCACAAUCAUGUUAUUACCUAGAAGUAUACAAAUGUGAUCCCAACUCAGUUUUGACCCAAUGUUUACUGGAGCUACUUAUUGUUAGUUUUGAAGUUUCUUAGUAGUUCCACAUGUGCACUAAACACACAGUUGAGUUCUCUCCUUUUGCGAUUUCUGGCAUAAAGCCACAAGCACAUUAUGUGACCCUAUGGAAGACAGCAAGGGACAAUAAUUAAAAACAUGUCACAAUUAUUUCUGAAUUGCGCACUAUUUAAAACAAAAGUUUUCCUUGCAGAAUAAUCUUGAUAGAUGUGAUUAAUCACAUCUAUCAAGAUAUUUCCAAUAUUGGCACACCAUGAAACUUAGAGGAAAAGUUUUUUCUUUGAAGAUAGAGCAUUUUACUGUUUAAAUCAGCAAAUUAUGCAGAUCUGAAGAUUUAAUCAUUUUAGUUCUUGCUGUGACACUACAAAAGAUGAUCAACAUUUUAAACUAAUUCCACAGUGGCAUCCACCAACACAAAGCUUUGUGUUCAGCAGAUAGCUUCCAUGUUUUGGAUCAUACCUCUACCAGUUUUCAACUCAAGAUAAAAGAGGCUAUUCAUAUUCAAAGAGAAAAACCAUCCUUGAAUUAACAAUUACAUCAUGUAAAUCUGAAACUAUCCUUUUAAUUCUCACACUUUCAUGCUUUACCUCUUUUCUUGUUGUCAUUAUUUAUCAUAAUUAGCAUUUUUCUACUUACUAUAUAAUUCAACUUCCAAUGCUAAAUGUACAUUAAUUAACUGAAGAUGACAGAAGUUUCUGUCAAAACAUGUAUUACAGACUUAAAAAGGUUUUUUGCUCUCUUUAAAUUCUUGACUUGCCUGCUAAUAUCAAGACCCUUUGGAAACACAUAAUUUAAAUCAAAACUUUUCCUUGCAGAAAUAUCUCAAUAGAUGUGAUCUGCCCAUCAGAGAAACUUUCAAGAAAAAUUGUCUCCAUUGAAAAAAAAGCAUUUUACCAUUUGAAUCAGCAACUUAUGUCAAAAAUAGCCACUAAAUUUGUUAAGUGAACAAGCUGCAAAAUACAAUUCCUAGGGUUAUUCAACAGAAUAAUGGAAAGUAAGAACAGUGGAUGGCUGGAUGGCAGAAUAUCUUAAGACUCAGAAUGACAGAAUAUACUAAAUUGCUGAUGCUGUUUCUUUAUGAAACAAAAGUUAUAAAAAAUGGAAUUGGAAUAAAAUGAGAAAUUAUCUUUAAUUAGCAGGCAAAAUUAAAAGAAGCAUACUUAGGUAGUCAUUCUUGGAGCCCAGAGGAUAUGGGAACCAUGAGGCUUUCGAGUUAGCCCCUCUAAAUUAUUACUAUAAUUAUUACAAUUGUAAUCAGUAUCAUUAUUUUUAUUAUUAUUAUUUGUUACCAUUUAAGUAUUGCUUGAAUGUCUGUUAGACAAUAUAUUCUUGAAUGAUCUUACUCUUGUGGGACAGGGUACUCAUAAAUAUGUGGGAUGUGGCAGGUUUACUCUUUUGCAUGUGAGACAAAUAUUCUGCAACACAACCUGACAUUGUGAUACAACCUCUAGUUCUUUUCAAUGUCAUAAACAUUGUGCUACAUCAGUAACCACAUGCAGUCUUUGACUCUCUAUUUUUUUCUAAGAGAGGCACUCAAUGAAUCUGGAAUUUUACCAUUUGAUUGGUCCUUGUACUAAGGAUCCAUUUUGAUGAUGAUGAUUGGAGUCAAGGAUGCUCUUGCAUUGAUAACAAUGGAGUUUAUACUGUUACCCAAUGACUCUUGGAUACACCAUGUUUAAUAGUUUUACAAUUUAUCACUUAGAAAGCAGAACAUGAAUCAGAGAGCCAGUCAGAUGGAGAAGAAGGCAAUGAAGAAUCCUGUAAAAUUUUAGCCACUCCUUCCUUUGGUGGUGCUAGAUUGCGGCGCUGUGGAUACUGUGCCAUAUUACAGCCACUGCGAGCCAAACACUGUGAGGACUGUGGCCGUUGUGUGCGGAGAUAUGAUCAUCACUGUCCCUGGCUUGGAAAUUGUGUAGGGGAAAGAAAUCACAGAUUUUUUUGGUGCUUUCUUUUGACUCAAUGUGUUCUAAUUGCAUGGGCCACUGAAAUAACCUGGUAAGAAUUACUACUUUUUAUUCUUUUCAAAAUGACUGGCUUAAAAUGACUAUAAACGUGGCAGUCACUAUGAUUAUAAGCCAGCGGUGGUUGAGCUUCACCAUUUAUCUUUAGGGUUUUCUAUAAGGUAUUCAAACAAGUUUUCACAAUUUGUUGGAGAAGAAGUAUGAUGGAUAAAGUCUGAAGGAAAUGAAAAGUAAAAGACAUAGUUUGGAGUGGUUUAAGACAAAUAGAGUCAGACAUAGUAAAAUCACCUGGUUGGGCUUUUUAUGAUUGUAUAAAUAGAUAACAGAUGCACUAAAAACUCUUGAUUGUUUUUCUUCCUAGGUAUGCUUUUAUGUACAAGAAAGAGUGGUUGGCCUGGUUCCUUGCAAAUGGUUUCUUGAUUUUUGCAAUGUUUGUGCUGGGUCUUACUUUCAUUGUAGUUUUUCUUUUAUUCUGCUGCCAUUCCUAUUUGAUGGUGACUGCUCAGACAACCUGGGAGUAUAUGUCUCGCUCAAGAAUUUCAUACCUGAAGACCCUCAGUGAAGACGUGAAUCCAUUUGAUCAAGGAGUAUUUUGUAACGUGUACAGCUUCUUGUGUAGAUGCCGAGUGCAGAAAUGGGAAGUACUUCUGCGACAGAGAGAUCGCUGGGCUUAGAGUCUAAUUAAUGUCAAAAAUAAAUUUUUUCAAUUUACGCUAAUCUAAAUUAGGAAUUUUUAUUUUUGCCAGCUUUAUUUUUACCCAUUAUUUUCCUUCCUUUCUAAUUCCACAUCAUUAUAGGCCACAUGUAGAAGUUGUACAUAUAAUUUUAAAACAGCCCUCAAAGGUGCAACCAUGGUUUCCAUAGCUAGCAGAAGACAAUUUGCAUCUAAAUUUGUGGCUAUAGGUGUUUAUGUGAUAAUGUGUUUGGUUGUGAAAUACUGUGCCAAGCUGCAACAUUUUCACUUCUAAAUGUUUAUGGCCUUAAGGUGAACUGUGACAAACAUCUACAUAGAGGAUUGCAUAAUUUGGCACAAAAUUUUCUUUUUGGUGUUUCCCCUCUUUUUGCUUUUUUUUUUUUUUCCUGGUUUUUCAAACUUUACUUCUGGCAAUCACUUCGUGAUUUUAGCUUUUCAAAUGGUAUUUUUAGAAAUUUGAUUUGGAAUCCCUGAAGUGAUACUCAUGUAUACCCUUACUAAUACUAACAGAAGUGAUCAAAAUGCAUCUUAGUAAUUUUAAUAUGAUAUCUAGUGAAGAAGUGAUUGUAAUGAACAGACUUAUCAGAAAGAGGGGCUCAUAUUCAUUUGUAAGAACACCAAAUCCUCUAAUCAAUCUCUGUCACUAAAAAGUGUAUAGUCACUUCAAGAAAGAAUUAAGAAUUCAUUACUGGGACUUGGAUGUUAACAUUUUGCCAUAUCUGUCCACAACCAUAAAGCUAUAAUUAAGAUAGAGUUUAUUUUCGUACACCAAUAUUUCGCUCUAUUCAUGUUUUCGCUUUAUUAUUAUGAUAUUCACUUGCGACAAUAUUUGAUUUCUUUAAUAGACAGUUUCAGAAAAUAUGCAGUGUCAGAAAAAUUUUCUAUGUCAUCUAUGUUACACUGAAGGUUUUGUCCAAAGAUGUUCAUUUGUAUGAUAAAGUCCCAUAGGUUUAUAUUCACAGGUAUUUUCUGUACUGCUCAUUUUUAUUGAGAGUGAUACAUGUAUCUGUUAUUAGAGGGUUGUAAGAGCUCAACACUUUUGUAGAUUGCUCAUGAAAUGACGGUUAUAUCAGAGCAAAGAGUUACUUUGAAAUUGACUUACCUCACCCUUUCACUUCUAGUAGUGACCAAAAAGGAAUUUCUCCUCAUAAUAUUUAUAUAUUAUCAUGCAGAAAGGUGAUAAGAAAAAAGAGAAAUAUCGAGUAGGGGAGAUUGUUUGAAUAAAAACCAAAUUCUUGCAGCUAAAAUUUUUUAACUCAGAUUGUGUGAAGAAUUGAUAUUCAGAUUAUUGGAGAUUAAGGGUCAGGUGCUAGCAAAGUCAAGAUUCAGUUAAACCUUCAACUUUCACAAGUAAUUUUCAUAUGAAUAUCCAGUUGAAGAGUGAAAAGAAUGUUAUUGCUUGUUGAUAUAACACUUAAUUCUCCUGACGUACUUGUGGGGAAAUGAUCAGCUUCUAAAAGGGAGAACUACCAAAGAUUAGAUCUUUAGAUGUUAAGGGUUAAUUAUGUUGCUAAGCAACAGUAUGAGACAUUGAUAGUGUGUGACCAGUUAUUUCUCUUUUGGGAAAUGAAGGCUCAAUAUUAAAUGGUUCUUACUAGAAAGUUCGGCUGUGGAUGGCUGUUAUAAGUUAUUGACACGAAAACGGGUGAAACAAAUGUCUCAAAAUUAAUUGUACCUAGGAAUAUGUUGCUUAUUAGUGAAACAAGUUAAUAUUGCGAAUGAUAGUCCUAAUAAUAUAUGCCAUGAACAAUGCUUGUUGACUAUGUGUGUUGUGCAACCUUUACAUCAAAGUUCCGUUUCCUAGUGAACCUGAUCACUAAAUUUUUUAAGGGUGUUUUAAGGUGGUUAGCUCUCAAGGUUUUUUUCGGUGUUUUAUCAUCUGUUAAUUGCUUGAUCUUGCUGCAUGAAACAUCGCCCUCGCCGGGCAUCAAGUGUCUGCUUCGCGCGCAGGCUACAUGUGCCUGAUUGUAACUUCUGCUGAGGUGGCUCAUCUAGAAGAGCGCUAUACUGAUUUAUAAGAGGUUGAGGGCUUUUUCGGCCGUUUUGUAGGCCCCGUCUCCUGUGUCUUCCCUAUUGUGGUUAGCAAAUGACGUCAAAGAAUCCACACGCUGUUCUAGAGGAGAGGGACCCAAAAAUUCCCGGUAUGAUGAAAGUUUUAAAUCAACCCUUACCUAUUUCAGUGUAAAAUAUCUAUGCCAGGACUGCUUACACUUCUUUUGAGAAAAUUUUUUCCAGGUGUCCUUCGAUGAUUUUUUUUCUUUUGGUGCGAUGCAUCAAAGCGUAGCAGCGCUACAGUCACCGCCCACUCUUACACUGUUAAUUUUUCGGCGCCCGAAAAAAAAAAAGAACGUCCCAUCGCAGGUUGUGCUGUAGCUGGUUAGCAGAUGCCUUCCCAGUCAAAGAAGACCAGUUAUCCAUUCAGCACCUUUGUGUAACACCCAUAGAGCUGAAAAAACACGAGAGCCCUCUCAAUUCUGAGAUCAAAUGUUUUGGCACAACCCAUCAGCCGGUUCAUUCAGCGCAAAUCCUCUGUAGCAGACGGUAUCGUUCCUUCGGUUAGGCUUUGCUUUGAACUGUUCGUGUCUCGACGCCGACCAUCAGCCGAUAUUUUCAGGGAAUUUACGCCGUCAGUCUACAAAACGGCAAUAUGAAAUAAUCACAUUUGCGUAAUCUGAGAACGGAAGUACUGAACACAAAUUAUUCUCUUUGGAACUCAACGCCCUUUCCACUUGUCACGCUAAAUGAAGCCAAAUAGUCAUUUGAACAAAGGCAGGGGAAUACACGCGAAUGAAGCUUUCCGUUUUCGUGACUGGUCAAAAAUCAAUACAGCUGCGUGGGAGGCCUUUCAAACUUUGUUGUACAGUGGAUUUCGCAACUAGCAUAGCUUUCUUCGUUUACGCUCUUGAAGUGUAGAUUGAAAAAAGGUAGCUCAUGUCCCUAGGUAACUUUUUCUAGGGGAGACCUGAGUUUAACCACACGGCUAUAACAUUGCUACAGUCACAGGGAUUUUCAGAACUUUCCUGGCAAAGCUAACAAUAACCUCCAUAUAAAAAGGUGCUACCCAGCCGGCUAAUCAGAGUUAAACGACAACCACUGAGGAAAAUAUUAAAUCUCCAACUUUAAUGCCGAAUUAUUUUAAACUGUCGAAAAGAUUAUUUCACGGUAAGCAUCUGUGGGGGUUUUAACUAGUGGUAGAAGAUGCUUAAGUAGUCUCGAAUCGAAGCCGGGUUACUCCGAACCGAAAACCAUCGCUUAACUACUACGUUGCUAAGCUAUCAUCCAACCACGUUCCCUGAGUGGACAGAAUAUAGAACGCGAAAUUUUUUGAACGCGAGCGUCAGACUCUUUCCAUUUCGCUUUAAUUUAAAAAAUUUUCCACUUCGAUGACCAUUUUUUGUCUUUUCCAUUUUUAGGAGUUUCACAAUCGGUGCCCUAACCAAGUCUCAACAUGUUGACGAAACUAGCUUUAGUUGUAGGCCGUAAACACUCCUGUCACUCCUGGAUGAGCCCUGUCCUUCGAUAAACCAACCGCGUCCAAAGAACUUCAACUUUCCUAAUAGUCACCAAAGCUAGCCCUUCUGCCUCGAUUGAAAGCAGUAAGGAUGAAAGAAAAUCAAUGUAUAAUAUUUGUCUUUUAAUAAGUUUAUAACAAAUCUCCCUCCUGUCUCACGCUGUAGGUAUAUUCUGCCGUUCUUCCGAGUCCAGUCCGUACUCGGAGCUUGAAAUUAUUCGACUCUAACAGCGGCUCGUUAUCAAGUUUAACUCCCCCCACCCACUCCUCCCCGCUUCUGGCCCUCUCUCUCCGUGUCCUUCAAUAGAGCGCGCCACCUGAAAACAUGUUAUAAAUGGUCAAUGUUUACGACGUUUACAAAUAAAUUUGGGCCGUACUGUUGUUGCAGGCGGCCGCACUGGGCUUGAGUCUGACUGUGACCAGUGAAGCAUAUAGGCUAAUCAAGAGCGAGCCCAAUCACCCCCCUCGGGUCAUUGUGGUUGCACUGUGGUUAUUCAUCGUUCAACUGGACGUCAAUUCCAAUUUGAUGAUACAUAAACUUACGGUGCAGCCGUAACGAUAACCAGAGAACAAACUGGGUCAGACUAAAUCGAGUAAGAUUUACCACAUGGAAGCUCCUGGAGAGAGGUUGGCAAUUUCGUUCAUUUAAUAACAUACGUCGUUUAUUAUUUUCGUUUCGAGCUUAGCUACAUCGAUACCGCGGCAUCCGUUUAAUUUGAGUUGUCUUGGAGGGCAGGGUCAGAGGUUUCUUUCAUCCAAGUCGAGAUACCCUGUCUGUGAUUUUACUUCCAAACUUGCGCUUGUCUAAAGUAAGAUCAAUUUUCAAUCAAUCUCCUCGGAGUUAGGCAUCUUAAUUACUUAUUGUCUGACUAUUUCUUUUUUUGCGUUGAUCUGCAUUCCUUGUGUUCAUGAAUACAAAAAUACGCCAGUAUUUAAAUUUGCAGUCCCCAGGGCACUAAGAAUUAAAAACAAUACCGGCUUAAAUGAUUAAUAUAUGGAGCUUCUUUAAACUCUUUCUACCUGAUACAUCCACUGACUAUGAAGGAAAGCUUCUUAAAACACUUCUGAUUAGUUAAUUUUAGGAUUAUAUUAAACAUAUCUACGAAAGUAUAACAUAUCUCCCAUAAUUUUCUUACAAAAGUAUGAUACGUGCAAUUUCAACCGGAACUGUAAAAAAUUCCAAAUCUUUCUGUCAUCAACUUGUAAAGUAAAUCCGGGUAACUAGGUCUCGAGAGUUUACGAAAGCCAAACGAAGUCAAUUAAAUAUAGCUUCACAAUAAAAAGCGUUCUCUUAGGCGGCAAAUAGCCAGGACACUUUGCCAUCGAAUAGUAUCUAAGGAAAAAACUUGAUGCACUUUUGUUCAAUCACGCUACUCCCAGCGUAAUAGACUCUGUGUGACAAGCAUAAGUUAAACAGAGACCGUUUGCUAACUUCAGAAGUCCGGGGCAAUCCUAUUUCCGUUGCAUCUCAGACGUGCAAGCUCGCUGACUGAAAGUGAGGUUAGGUUUCCUAGAAGCUAGCUGCUUGAAAGUGCGAAACAUCAGUUUCUAUGCUAUCAAAACAGCAUAAUAUCUAUUUAUCUAUUUCUAGCCUUCUCGAAGCCCUAAGUCAGUGUUUGUAAGCUUUACAUUACGAGAACCAGUGUAUAAAUUUGUUCCAAUCCCAUUUGAUUAGGAAAAGAUGCAAAAAUGUGCAGUAUUCAAGAAGAGUGCUUCCCUUUUUUCUGCUAUUACCAAGGUCACUAGAGUGUUUUUUUUUUUUUAUUUUUGCUUCAAAACUAAAAUUGAAAUGAAAUAAAGUAAAAGAAAAGAAAGAACUCAUAAUAUGUCUCGUUACUAUAAGAAAGAGAACAAAAAAUAGCUUCUCGAACUUCUCAUCAUUCGAAGAGGCACUUAAGAGUCAUCUGACUAAACGGUAGCCCUCGGAUCGCAUGAGUUGAGCUGAAAUUCGUAAAAUGCCGUAUAAAACUGUACUCACAGACAACCAAUAAGCAAUAUCCUCAACUAUCAAAAGCAAUCCAUUUUACUGUUGGUAUUAAAAAAAAUAUAUUGACGGUUGGUGAUAAAAACGGCCUAUAUAAAAUUCCUGCUACUUGAUCUAAAAAUGAUAAGCACUCUCUACCAGUUGAGGUAUGUAUGCAAAAGUGCCACUCAAGUAUUAAGAUAUACGAUGAUAAGAGCAUCAUAAAACCAUAUUUAUCUGUCGAUGCCGUCAUGAAAUUUGAAUCAAGAAUAUUCGAGAGCCCAUUUGAGUCUCAACUGAAAACUUUUCCCUCUUUUAUCUAAUGGGCAUUUUGCCACUAAACUUGAUCCCAUCGAUCGAGGUUAUGAUGAGGCAACUUUAAAAACUAAGAGAAAUGUAACUUGACAUCUUAACCCGCAUAGAGAGGGGUAGGGGUAAAUAAAUAUAGCAGAACGACGUAAAAUUUUAUAGGACUGCUGCACUUAUUCAGUGAUUCGUCUUUCUCGGAAACUGCCAUUCGAUUACUGAUCACUGAUUUAAAAGCAGUUCACUGCAGAUGCAGAAAAGAAGCAGAUAAACAUAACACUUGCGGUCAAUUGUAAGGAAACAAGUGCCAAAUUAUCCCACGCAAAGCAAAUAAACAAUGAAAGAUCCAUGGCAAUAAUCGAGGCAAUUUGGAAAAGCGCAAAUAAAUUUAACGCUCAGUUAAGCAACAACUCGCUAAUUUACAAAAGACUUCCCACCCUUACUGACGUCAUUGUAAAUACGUAAGAUCACGUUGCGCGUACGAGAUUCAUGCAUAAGUAGUUAGUUAAUCGAGUCACCGCAGCUUCGCUCGAGUUUGUUACGCCCGGUGGCAUCACGUUUCAACAACAACAGUUACAUCUUUUUUAUGGUACUAGAAUAAUCAGUCAGAUUGGAUAAGUCACGAGGAAAGGUAAGCCCUGCCCCUACUAGGGGUAAGUGGCUCCAACGCGGGCUUUCAAGGUAAGAGAUAGUUUCUUGGCGUGAUUUUAUUCAUGCCAUCACACUAUCGGCUCUCUACAUCACUGGUAACUACGCGAUCAAAACAACGUCUAUUGCGGAUGCCGUCAUCUCCUCAACUGCAAUUACACAGCUGUACUUUAAUCGGCUAGAUGCUGAAUUUUUCUUUUUUUUUGUUUUUACAGUCGAAACUGCUUGUAAACAAGUAACGAACCGAUUAGAUGUUAGUGUAUUGAUUCAGUUAUUCGCAGAGCGAGCUAUUCGAUAUCAAAUCAGUCCGCAAAUUAAGUCGCAGUGAGAAAUUUCAAAACAGAUUUUAACCACACUUUGGAGAUUAUUUAUCUGUUAUUGAAGUGUUUUUCUGAGUACUAGAAAUUUUGGAAGACGCAAUUGCGAUCUUAAAGAAAACGAGUGAGAAAAUCAGUUGGUCUCAUCAAUAUUGUAAGGUCAAACGUGAUAGAAAGUUUUGAAAAUUGGCGAGCGAACCCGUGUUCAAACCUCGAUAUAAAUUAAAAAACUGUUCAGACUAAAAUCAGCAAUAACGAUUGCGCGUUUGUAAUAAAUGUUUACUCUUGUUAGGGAGUUGACAAUUUUCAAAUGUCAUAGCUAUUAAUUCUGUCAAAAAUGCCUGGGCGAAAGGAAAUGCAAAGCACCGUCAUAUGAAGCAUACGAGGUCUAGCACAAACUACAUGGAAUCUUUUGGUAAUGUGGACUGUAUCUACAUGGAAGAUGCUUUAUUCCGCGAACUUUUGCCUCUAGUAAGGUCGGACAGAACGUGAAUAACCUCGAGUCAAAGCUAUUGGCGUUGUGUCAUGGUUUGUAUUGUAUUUUGUCGGUUUCGUUCCAUGUUUUGCGUGACCUCUUGCGGCGGGAGUUUUUAGUAGGUUCUUUGUCACGUUUACAGAAAUGUUUGAUUGUUAAGCUGAGCUUCAAGUUACCUCUGAUUACCUUCUCUUGUUGAUUAUGGCCUAAGACGCAAGAAGGGAAAGAUAAAGCGCGCUUUUGCAGAGUUUUACUCGUAUGCUAAUCGCUCAGUGGGUAAUUACUAAUUAGUUUGAUUUGUUAAUAACUUGUUUGACAAUUGACUUCACAUUUACCGACACCAACUGAAUACUCUAAUGAAUUGUGCACCUUUCAGUGACGAAUGGAAAAAUGCCAAGGAUGAAAUUGUAGUUUUGGUCUUAAAACGGCCCCUCUUUUGGUCCCACACUCCUUCCAUCAAACGAGUAAAAAUCCUUGAGAGUCAUUUUCUUUCCCAUGAACAGGAAACGUUUUCAGAAUAACACCAUAGUGACGCUUCAUAUCGUUUAUGAUUUUGUCUUGCGGUAAGGGGGCCUUUCGCUUUCAUUGAAAUAAUAUAAGACGUAGGAAGUAAAAUCAAAACUGACGAAAUCCUGAAAAGAUACUAUUUUCAUUUCCGUGGUUUAGCACUUAUGUAGGAAUCGGCAUGGGUGUCGUGUGCAAUAUCACGGUAACCUAGAAACCAAAGAUGUCGUGGAUGAAAUUGCCUUGCGAGUAGAUUUAGAGAGCAUUCGAUAUUCCCAGAUGAAUAUUAGGAAAAAGGAUGGAAAGCAAUUUGAAUUGUAAUUGAAGAGAUUGUGCCCACAUGAUGAUUACUGAUCGAUCAUACUCGAGAGUCUUGACCAGCACAGCCUGAGUGCAACUUGUUAAGAACUGUACUCACAUUAGUAUGAAAAUGGAGAUAUUUCUUACUUCGUUUCGAUCUGUCGGCCAACGAUGAAACUGGCCAAGUGCACGGAAUGAUUGGAGUGACGCAAAUAUUGUUGGGGAUGAUGGUGAUUGCAAAUGGUGAUGGUCUUGGCCUGACGUUGUAAUGUUUUAAUAUUUCCUUGACUUCCUUAACAUCGGUGACAUUGAGACGAAUUAUUUGAUUUAUUUUUCGCAUUUUAGCCUGAUUUGUAAUUUUAAACCUCUCCCGCCCUUUGAUCUCAAUAGUUCCAAUACAACUCAGUAGAUACAAUAUCUGCCCAGUGUUUGUCAUACAUUGCUUAUAAUUUUAGGCCUGAGGAUUAAGGUUUAAAUCUAACUUCUUCUCUGCUUCACAAUUUAUUUACGUUGAAGGCAAAAAUUACUCGUGGCCUCUCCUGGAAGUGUAAGGGUGUUACGGAGUUCUUAUGUACUUCUAAUGAUUUACAUGCUUCUAUACUUGUAGUCAGCGGGUGCUGUACGCUUACCAAAAAGAUGAUGACCAGGAUGAUGGCGAGCCUAGCCCGCUACCCAUCCCAGGAUCCUUCAGUGGCAGAGUACCACAAAUCGUUGAGUUGGCAACGGUAGGCUGUUAGUAGAAUAAUCAAUAGGUCGUGCAGGGGAUUUAGUAAUUCUGGCAGGAACGCAAACUAUCGACUAUUGUCUCGAAUUACGACUUAUGAUUGCGCGUGGAAAGAGCGAACUCACACAGAGUAGCUUUCGAAGCUAACUUUGAGAGAUAGGUCAUGAGGUUCAAUUUGUGAAUCAAUUAUAUUUAUCGCAUGAGCCCUGACAAAACUUUCAAUUAAAACUAGGUUUCAGAAAAAAUAAAGUGCGAUUUCCAGUCGAGGUACAGAUAAGAUACCGCAGCUUUAUCGUAUCGCGGCUAGGGAAACGCCCGUUCCCAUAAAGGCAGCAGCGACUUAAAUUUUUUCCAAUUGGAUCCUGAAUGACUUGAGUUCUGGUUUUUUUUUUUUUGGCAGAAAGGACAUCAUUUCUUCCAGAGACGCAUGGAGAGACUUCACAGCUGCGUCUUCAAAUGCAGUUUCUUUGGUGCACCUUUCGUGGCCCUAACGGAUCAUGAAGGAAUACAGUGCUUGUUCAACCAAAAAUUGGUGAGAGGCUUUGUUAUUCGUAACACAGCGAUUUUGUGACUGAGUCACAGUUUCCAAAUUUUUGUAGUUGACGUUUAAAUGCAGGGGGAAAAACGCUUCUACUCUUUCUUCAAAGGUGUUCCCCCAGCAAGAUGGCUUUCUUGUCUCCUUUUGUUCCUCAUCUUCGGCGUCAUGUUCUUCCAUUCGUUGAAUUCACGUCAAAACGUUUGGUUAACGGUGGGCGAAAUGAUGUAUUACUGAAUAACAAACAGUUACCUGACAUUUGAAAGAAGAUUACCCGAGACUGCAGAGGCAAUUCUGCUUAUCUGUACCAUUUGCCUCAAUGGGCUUGAUACUGCUAGUUAAAAAUCUAUUGAUAUGUAGAUGAUAUAGACAGUCAGAGGAAUAUUCGAAAGAAAUCGAACUGAACCUCUAGGAUUUAAAUGUGACUUUUCUCUCGAGGCGCAACAGUUGGGUUUCCCCAAGUUGAAGACAAUAUUUUUUUUGUGUCAAUUUUCUUCUCUAGGUAGAAAAAGAACCUGGAUUUGGAAACUUCCGUUUUAAUCAAAGCCUUUUGGGGGACCAUGUACCUUCCAUGUUUUCUAACGGCGAACGACACAGUCAACAGAAGGGAUUUCUGAUCGCAGUUUCACAAAAUAUGCUGCGAAUGGGGAGACUCAUACCCAACAUCAUGGACAUUAUGCCGGAACAUUUGAUAAAAUGGAAUUUCAAAGAGGGUAAGAACAAAUGUAUUUCUGACACUCCCAGGGGAAAGGAGCUUGAGUCAGAAAAGAGAGGUUAAGCAAAAACCAAAAUAAUCACAAAGGCCAAUUCGAACAAAGCUGAGAAUUUCAAAGAGCCAAUGAGCACCUUGAGUAAAUUUGUGCACACGGCCUUGAGUGCUUCAGAACGUGAAUGACCAAGUCGCUAUUGGUGUACGUCUUUCGUGUAACUGAUUUACAGGUUAGCGGAAGUUUUAUUGACCAAUCAUAGGACGUAGAGAUACAAACCAAUGCAAUCCAGUUACUUAUACACUCGGUCGAAAUACCCUUAGAGCGUUAUCUGAAGCGUCCUCUUUGAUUCGUUCUUAGGGACCAGUCGUUAUUUAUCACGAGGGGGGUGUUGAUUUUGGGGUGAUCACAUGAUUUUCAGGGGGAACGGAGAGGGGAUCAGUCGGGGAUCAGUGUAAAGGGGGGACAAUAGAAAAUUGAUUUCCAACUAACUGCCAGUGGGGGGGGGGGGGGGGGUCAGGUAAAUCUUAUCGAGACACCAAAAAUCCUCCAAACCCCCCUCCUCAGGAUAUCUUACAUUACAUUGCUCACGUUACAUGACUUGCUCACAAUUCAAUCGAGAGAUAGAAUAUGCCGCCAACUUCCAAACAUAACCAUUACGAUGCAGUAUACCACCUUUACUUGAUUGCAAAGAUAUAUUUUCUUAUCUUUCUGAAUCUGCUAGUGUUGCCACCUUAUCUAAUUAGAAUAAGCUACAAAACGUGUUUGAAUAUAUCACUGCACGAGCUAAAUUUUCAAUUUUGUUUUCGUAAUUUCGUAAUUUCAUAAUUUAAUUUCCUUUCAGGUAUGGGAAAUCCAAGUCAGGAGGAAUGGGAGGAAAGAAUUCUUCACCUUUCCAUGGACGUGCUGAGUGAAAGUAUGCUUGGGAUACGACUGAGUGGACACAGCUUUUUGCAGUGGAGAUUUGAAGUUCUUAAAGAGGAGAAGUAAGAAGCCUUGAAAGAAAUUUUCGAUUGAAGCGAGUGAUCAAUUUUUUUUUUAGUCCUCAGUGGAGAUAUGUUUCUGAAUGUGAUAUUUGUGACGUCGAACCGCGUUCACUAUUUCGAUGAACUUAGCCUGUUCUGUUUGAAACACAGGUCUAUUAUUACACAUGCCAUAACAACUACUGCAAUGGCCUAGCUACAAGUAAAGGGAGUCCUAGCUUGCAUUCAACCUCCCCCCCCCCCCCCCCGCACCCUUCUUCAUCAAGGAAAAAAAGUAGAAAAAACACUGGCCCGAGAUGCUCUUCAAAUACCAGUAGUGUGUUAGUGCUAGUGCUAGUGCUAGUGCUAGUGCUAGUGCUAGUGCUAGUGCUACUUUAGGAUCCCCUUCAAUGGAAAACCCCCCCUCCCCCGCCAACCUCCCGUUCUACAAUACACUAAUAAUUUUACAGUCCUCGAUUGUGGAGGUGUGGAGGGAAAGCGUUAACUUCAUUUUUAUUGGAGGUGAAUGACUGAUAAUGACUGGCCUUCUAACUUUAUCAACCUUUAAUAACUACAGUUAACUUGCAAAUCAACCUAGUUUCUCACAAUUCCCGCUGACGCAGCAUGACAGUUUCAUGAAAGACAAAUAGCCUCGUUCAGGGGACUGACUGACUGACUGAAGGGGGUAAGUUUGUGAAGAAGCUGUGGUGCUGCGACGGUAGGAGAGUAUACCAGGGUAAUUAAGUAUUAUCAACUGAGCUGAUAACGUAAAUUGGCCACCGUAAAGAGUUAUUGAGAAAUAACGUAAAUUGAAAUGUGAACAUGUUUACAGGACGUGCUUCGGGAAACCAUCUGGGAAAUACAAGAAAGCCCUUCACGCAUUCAACCACUUGAAAGACGCCAUAGCAAAUGCUCCUGAUAUUGAUCCAGUCUUAAAGGAGGCAGCUAAUCACGGUCUGACAGAGGAUGAGGCGGUGUUGGAGAUUCUGUGGAUGUUGAAGUAAGUUGCCACUUCCUUGUUAUGAAGCGACUCUAUAGCUAGCCUACAUAGCAGAAGUAUUUCGAGUGUUGAACCUGCCAUGUUGGAUGGUGAGAGCGCGUAAAGCCUAGGUUGGAGGGAAUAAAGAAAUGUACUGGGGAGGUGGUAGUGAAGUGGUCAUUUGCGCCUACCCAUUCAAUAUGGUGACUUAAUUACUUGAUCGGAAGAGUUAGUUCUCACUUGAUUAAUAAAAAAGAACGAUGGGAAUGGUAAACUAGAUUACAGUAAAGCAGCUUCAGUUGGUAAAGCCCAACAUUGGCCUAACAUUGGCAGCCACAGCAAUUAUGGUAGGGAGUAAUCCCUCUUGGCAAAAUUUCUGUUUGCCCUCAUAGGCUGCAGUAUUUACGACACACGAUCGAGAGGCGAUUCAAAUUACUUAAAUUACUUGCAAUGUCUUUGCAGCUUUAAUGCCGCCCCUGGUACAGGAGCAGCUAUGCGGUCAGGAGCUGCGCGCUUGUCCAUCAUGUCCUGUGAGGAACGAAAUGAACUGAAGAAGGAGAUCCGAGAAUGCCUGGGACCCAUAGGACUGAAUCUUAAAACACUCCAUAAGAUGAAGAAGUUAGAUAAUUUAGUUUGCGAGGUAAAUGUUUCUGGAAUAAUUGCUGUACCCAGUCGAAGAGACGUAUGUGAUUUGCCACGUUCUUAAAUAUUACGCUAAACUUUGAAACGCGUUGUAAUUACUAGCAGCUUGAAAUAUUGACCUCGUCUGCUCUCAUCUACAGAGCGACUGCUGCAAAAGGUCUAUUUCGGUUUUACCGACCAUCAGACUUCCAAUAGUAACUACGCUGUACUGUAGGUAGCUCUACUUUGCAACAUCUUUCAAGGGAACUGGCAUUUUAAAUGAUGUGCUUCUUUCCUCUUCCUUGAGAACCAAAAAGAGGAGAAAAAAUUUCCAGCUUUAUUGUUUUGGCGAUUCAUAGUCAAGGUGUUUUGGUGCGCUGAAUGUUCGAAUUUUAGUCUACUUGCCAUUUUGCCCUUGAUUAUACCAAGAGGCUAUUUUGCAGAUAUGUAAAGAGGAAGCUACUAUCAGAAUAAAAAAGGCCAAUGGGAACGUUGUAUUAUUACCCGAGGAAAACGUAAUAGUUUGUGUGCAAAAAAAAGUGCUUUUUCUUGAGGAACCCUAUCAGUUUACCGAAAAAUGUUUCUUGUAACAGGAGGAUAGUUUUCAUCAGCCCUCGUUUAAUUCUUAGUGUUUCAUACGACUUGUUGUUGUCGUUUUCUUAUAACUGUUGUAGUUGUUUGUUUGUUUUUUCAACAAAUUUCCCAUUGCCUUGGCUUUUCGUUUAGUUAUAUUUCCUUUUUUCUUCCAGAUUCUCAGGAUGUAUCCACCAGUGGCGUUGUAUUUUGGAGUCGCCAGGUAAGCUUUACUCCUACACCUAUGAACUCCAGCAAUGAUCGAAAACAUUUAACCAAAUAUAACGCACAAACUUUUCCGGUCUUACCAGCAGCUAUAUUCACCCUCUCUUUAACUGGUAUCGUUAUAUGAUCUCUUUCUCUGACUGGCAUACCAACUAACAUAUCUCAAUACCUUUUCUAUUUGUCUACCAUUUUCAGGAGAGCAUUCUUCGUCAAGUCUUCUUCUGGUGUUUACAAAAUUGACAAGGGGCAAAAAGUUGUAGGAAAUUGUCAUCUGGCUCAAAGAGAUCCCGAGGUUUUUGGUAUUUCUGGCUGCAAGAGUGUAAACGAGUUUGAUCCCAGCAGGUUUAACGUUAAGGCAAGUGUGCUAAGGAAUAAUCCUCUAUUUAGUAAGCAGUUAGCAUGUUUCAGGCUUUCAGCUGAUAAACGGGCAGCGCCGGAUGGUGAAAGCAAACCGAAAAGCUUCUCACGACCCUACCUUAUUCUUGCCACAAUGACUCCCUUGAGAUUUUGGGAAAAAAUACCUGAAAUGCUCGUAAAUUGCUAGCUUUCGGCUCGUAAUGUACAGACUUCCUUCGUCGGUUGUUGCAUAAACAGAUGAAAAUGCUUCUUUUUCACCAAAAUGCAACACCGUAAAAAAACAUAGUGUUCAGAUUAGGUGGCUCAAUAUUUGUUCUAGGGCUUCAAUAGAUAUGUGCUUUGUUUUAGGGUCUUAAGUCCAAGCUGAUCUGUACCCACGGUCCAUUGUCUGACCCACCCUCCCCUGAAAACCAUAAGUGCACAGGGACGGUAAGUCACUUGAUUCCAAUUAUCUAAUAUUUCUAGGAAGUGUGAUGUUGCAUGGAACUAGCUGUAGUUUGUGUUGACUGCCGGCCAGAAUGACAAAUGUACUUAUUACUUGAAAGCUGAUGUUUCUCCGUCAUCGACACCAGUACUUUGGUUAUCCUCUUAAGAUCUCCCUAUUAGUACUUGGGAUGACAUACAAACACUCUUCAACUGAGUGUCGAAAGCAAUGCGGGAUUAGUCUGUGCUCUGGAACUUGAGUCGUUCCUUGAGAUAUCUUCCCUUAUUGCGAUGAACAGUUUGGAUUACUUUUGUUAAGGUUUUACAACAUUCAAUGAAAACGCGCUCCUGUCUUGUUUGACUAAUUACAUUUCAGUCACAUUCGAUUAACCUCUCUAACUCCCAGAUCACAUUUGUAAUUCUCGUUAUUGUCAACCAUACAGUUCUCAUAAUGUUAGUUCAGAAAACUUAGUAUUAGAUCAACUAAUUAUCCCCAAAUUGAUAUUUUUCUUUAUUCUCAUCACUUAUCUGGUUUAUAUUGUAUCGACAUUGUAGGGAGAAAUUCUGUCUUGGUCACUCAUGGGAGUUAAAGGGUUAAAUUAUUUGAUACGAAGUGGGUUCGAUAAUGGUUUUGUUUUUUUUGUUUUUGUUUUUUUUCACGGUUCACUUCUCAGUGUACCUUGAGAGACUAGAGAAUGCUAUUUCAGCAUUAGAUGCAGAAAACUCUCUUGAUGAUUUAGACCAUCACUUACACGUCUUGAUUUCUUUUAGAACGUUGGAUACGUCACGCUCAAGUGUUUCGUUUUGUACUUGAUCAUGUUCUGCGACUGGAGUUUGGAAGAAAAACCAUUCUGGACCGACAAAUCGUAAGAGUUUCUUCAUCUUGAAAUGUUCGUGUGACUUUGUAUUUUGAAGUAAACAGAAUUAGAAAUAGAAAGUAAUUUAGAAAUUAUCAGUUGAGAGUUAACAUGAAAAAUUUGGGGCGUACUGGAUUUUUUUAUCUGGAAGAUUAAUUAAUUUGCUUCUUUCCUUUUAAAUUUUGCUGGUUUAUUUGCAACAAAGUGCUUUGUCGGUAGCUUUAUCAUUUGGGCUUUUUUUCAGACUCCUUCGUUAUGGAAAUCCAGAUGAGCCCAUCCGACUAAAAUAUUUCAAGUAUACUAGAGACAAGGUAUUAACAGUUUAAUUCGUCAUACGCUUGCAAUCUGUUUGUACAGGACUUGAUUCGCGAUAUUUCGAGUUUUUUUAAUUGUGAGGGAGGCAUACUAGAGAAGCCGGAUGAGAAAUAAAAUUCUUUCUUUUGAAAAACGAAUACCAAGAGGCACGAAUACUCCAAAUAUGGAAUGGAACAGAUUGUAACGCUUUACGAUUAAGUAUUUGGUGAACUGUUGGUAUCUUAGCAACUGCGCACCUACCUUCCCCUAACCCAACAACAGUCAACUGAUAAUAAUUUAGGGUUAAUAAUGGGUUAGGAAAGGGGUAGGUGCGCAGUUGUUCAGAUAUUGACAUUGAUCCGAGUAUCUCAAGAACUAAACCAAAGCAAGGACGUAAGUCAAUCUGAAAUAUCACUUGGAGCCAGUGAGAUCUUAAAGUAAAGGCAUGAAGACUGUAUGAAACGUGAGGAAAUGCAUGUGGUCAAGUCGCUGCUAGUUGUAGUUUGAAUCUGGUAGGUUUCAAAAAAGUUGGCGCGAGUGUUUAGACCAAUCCUAGAGCGAAGAGAAGUAAAAACAAAGCCAUCCCAGAUUACUUUUGACACUCACUAAAAAAAUUGAAGUUGAAAGCUCAACAGCGCCGUAGAACCACUUUUUAAAAUUGUUAUUGUUUUUAAUUUCCAGGAAGAGUUGCUGCUGCCUGAUCAACCUGACAGUAGCAGCAGCAGCGAUGAAGAUAUGAACGAUGGUCCCCCCGGCGACUGUGAGUGUCCUGUGGAAGAACCCGACGCACAAGGAAACUGCCCACUUUGACAAGACAAUUGGAAUGUUUCAAGUUAUUUUGGUAGUUGUUGUCUUGAUAUCGCGCACAGCACAGGACAUUUAACUUGGAAGUUAAACUAAAACCAUCCCUGCUUUCUGAGACUUAACCCCAAAGGGAGACAAAGAGCACGUUUUUACCACCCUCCAUUGUAAUUUGUAAACGUGUAACAAAGUUGUUUGGACAGAGAGCCUAUCAAGGAAUUUUUAUAGAGGAGAUUGUGAGGAAGCAUGCGUCAAUAAAGUAAGACCGUUAAUUGAAGUUGUAAAGGAUAAGUCGUCACCGUUGGUUAAGAAAGUCUAUUCGUGGUACAUGUAGUAAGCAUUAAGCUUAUACAUUGAAUUUUGGCUCUGACUCUUCUGGCCUGGGGAUAGUGUGGGUUCUUGAGUGGUAAUUAUAUUUAGUGAUAUUUACUAAUUCAACGACUUGCUAACGCGUAUAUUUUUGUAUCAAUUCCCAUCAGAAUAAUCUCAAUAGUCUAGAUUUCUACUUAUUGAAACAAAUAAAUUUAUGGUAGGGAAUUUUAUAAAAUUUACUUCAAAAGAUAAACAGAAUAGUUUUUCUAUUGUUGGUUCAGCCAACCUUCGUCUGCUAUUCAACUCCGUCUUGUCUAAUUUCAUGCUUUCAUUACGCCUUUAACCCUUUAACUCCCAGGAGUGAUUAACAUGAAACUUCUCUCUAUAAUAUCCAUACAUUUAUCAGCUAACAGGUGAUGAGAAUGCUCAAACUUAUUAGGUAGAAGCUGCUCUCUUGAUCUAGCACCAAGUUCUCUUAACCAAUUUACAAAGAAAUGGGUAGCAGCUAGAGGGGAGAACUAACAAUCAGAUCUUGGGAGUUAAAGGGUUAAUUUACGUCAUUUAAACAAAAUUUGUCAUGAGUUACGCACUUGUUAUGUAGAUACUAAAUACCACAUAUCUGGUACAUCUCUGUCUCCAGCUUUGUGAUCUUUUAUUCAGGUUAAUUUCCUGAAAAGUAUGUUGUGAAAAAUAAUAACAGGUUAGAACAGUUAUCAGUUGAGUUUCAAAAAAGCAAAACCAAAGUAAAUCACAACAGCCAGUCAGAGCUACGCUCGACAUCUUUGUUAGCCCAUGACAACUCAAACAAGGACAGGCAAACUGCAUAAAAUAUUUGGGAAAAUGCGAGUGACCAAAUAACGAAUUGUGUAAGUUUUGAAUCCGACCAGUUGAGACAGUGGUGCGAGUUUUCUGGAUCAUUCACAGAGCGAAGUUAUGCAAAACCAAAGCAAUCAAGAAUUACCUUCGAGACUCAAUUAAAAACUGCACUAAUGAAGAGUUUUCUACUUUGGUAUUGUUCAAACCGGCAAACUCUCGUUUGCUAUGAGUUAAGGAUCUCCGGCAAUAACUUUGUUUACGCUUGACGACAAUUAGAAAGGUAACGGAAGUCAAAGAGUGCUUUUUACUUUAACUUCACCAAACCAAGUCCAAAUGAAUCAAAGCAGCCAAACAUGACAAAGGUCAACUUACCACUGAGCGAGUGCCAAUUUACAGGCGCUGUUUUCCUGGAAUUAUCUGAGACAAGCAUCACGGUUGAUCAUUACCUACUUCAGAAGCAAACGAAUAUUCCACUUCCCAUGGUUUAGAUCUCAUCUCACAAACAGGUCAAAAAUCACAUCAGUCGGAGAUAAUCAGUCUGUAGCUACUGAAGUCCCCCUUGGGGUACCCCUUCCUGGGACCACAACUCUUUUUAAUUCAUAUAAAUGAUCUCCCAGACUGUCAGCUGGCAAAAUGUUAUUAUUCUGUACGCCGACGAUACUGAGAUUUAUUACUCAUCCAAAAACCUUAGUCACCUUGAACAACAUACCAAUGAUGACUUGAGAUCAGUGUCAGAAAGGUUCUCCAGAAAUCCCUUUAUUCUUAACAUGUCGAAAUGUAGUUUUGUCAUUUUUGGAAGUCCACAAAAGCUAAAACGAAUUCAGGAAAUUUCGAUUCAAAGCAACAGCUCAAGAAUACCACAUGGUGACAAUCAUUUUGAUACAUUCUUUGACAAUACCUAGAAUAGAGUGCUAAUAAGAAACUUCCCGAAACACAUGGAGGAAAUUCAGAAGUUAAGAAAACUAAUAACACACCCUCUUUGCAUAAACUAAUCCAAGUAAGAUUCUUCAAUUUUUUUUCGUUCUUUUAUUCGAUAGAUAUCAAAUUCAAACCCUGACCAUUCCGGAGAUCUUCAUCUCGUCAAGUUUCUCUUAGAGAGUGUUCAGUCAUCUUUUGGAAAUCAGCCAUAUUAAUUCUUUAUUUUUUUCCCAGGCUUCUUGUAAUUGAUAUAUUACUUAAUAUUCAAAACCUGUGGAUUACACCGAAAAUAACAGAAGCCGAAUGUACACGAAUAACACGAAUAAAUAGAUUAGGAUGUGAAAGAUAAAUAUAUGAAUGAGAAAGUAUGUUAGUAAUUGAUUAUCAGUAAGUACUACGUAAGUAAAAAGAUGGAGAACAAAACAAGUCCUAACAUACUGUUUGGAGAUAGCUCUUCUAAGGCAACUGCGACCAAAUAUUAGCGGAACUCGUUCUCUCGGUUGUGGUAGAUUUUAAAGUUGUAGUGAUGACUUUAAAGUUUAACAUGGGCUAUGCUGUCACUGGUGAGAAAUGUCGGGUCGAUCUGGCAAACAAUAACAAAAAUUUCUAUGCAUCAAAAUAAGCAAUUAUUUGAGUAUAAAUACCUUCAGAUAAUAUCUCGCACGUUUCAUUCGGUAUCUUCACUUUCGUUUAUCUGAAAACACUGCAGCAAUCUUGACUUGUUAUCAUAACUGAAAUGAAGCAUGGAAAGAAAUCCACAAAUAUAUUACAUCAUUUAAGUAAACUUGCCUCUUAUUUAUCUUACGCUGAGUGCAAAGUCGAAUAAACAGUUGAUUAUUUUCAUAUCUAACCUUUUAAUUGCCGAGCAAUUGCUUCCCAAACCGCUCAAUGUUUUGGGACGUACCAGCAUCGUGAAGCUUCAAGAAGAAAUUCUACGCUUAGCUUCUGGUAUUGACCACAUAAACUUCAACUUUUACUGUGGCAGGCUAGAACUCAAGAUCACCAUGAUUCGACGACAGCGCUAUCGGGUUACCGAGCGGUAAGUGCAAUUAAUAACAACUCGCUCAGCCUUGUUGUAAGGGUAGAGCUAUUACGAGAACGGUCUAAAUUAACCCUAGAAAACGUUAGUUACUUAAAUCGUGUUGUUUGAUAUUUCCAGAUUUUUACUCUUUACCAUACCUACUUCAUUAUGAAGGUUAAAAUUGGGACAUAACAAGGAAUAAGGAAGCCCCGAUCUUAAAUGUAAUUAACGUCAGACUGGAGUUGAGAUUAAGCGUUACUCAAAUCUUGAGCUUAGAGAAAGUCAGAAACAUUUAUGAGAACUGCUAUGACUAGUGUUGAAGGUUACACUUCAAAAAUAUCCGACAUGCAAUGUUUAGAAGACGUUUGACUUUCUUUGCAACCAUACAACGAAAAUUAUCCUCUUAACUGAUGUAUGUUACAUCCUUGCAGCUCCUUCUGGUAACGUAAAGAAUUUAAUUGUAGGUAUCUGUUCUCUGAAGGGCUUAGGAUUUUCCUUUUGUUUGGUUUGUUUUAAAAUGACGAAAAGAACAAUUUAAUUUCCAGCUAAGAUUAUUAAAUUGUUUGAGGUGGAGGUUCGCCAAAGAGAAGCGUAACUCUAUAUCCACCGUUGACAUUCAUGGCUUCAAAUUCCUUUGCGUUAAAUUUCUUCGUUGCCUUUGUAGACACGUAUACAGACGAUAGUUCAUGCUGUCGCCCAAAUGUUAUCAGGGACGACAACUUUUAGAGAUUGUAGUGGUUAAAGAUAUCGGCCAAUGGGUCGAUCGUGAAAUACGAAAGUAGUCACUUAAAGGUGAACACGUCGUUUUAGAAAAUACUAUUCUCAUAGAAUCACAAAACGAAUCUCCAAUUUACACUAGAAAACCGGAAAUAAAAAUAUCUUAGAGAAAAGUGGUUAAUUGCUAAACGGUAUACCAUAAUAUUUUGGUUUCCUUGUAUGGAAUUGUUUCAGUAGCCCCCUUUCUCGCAAAAGCCCAACCCGUCUGACCAAUCCGUCACUCUAACGAGUUAAUUGAAACUACGCCACUCAGAAAUGAAUUACAAAGCUACAAAACAGCAAUGCUAAAGCAUGUUCCUGUGCCAAUUUCUCAGUGUCACUCUCUCUAUUGAAUUUCAGUAGUUAUCGUGCCAGGGUGAGCUAAGACAGGCAAUUAAAGCCAGAUAUUGAUAGAUUUAGCUGAUUUGUUGUUACAAGACGUUUCAAAUAUUACUUGGUUGUUUAGACAAUUGGACAAACACUUGACGUUUUAUCAAUCACUUUAUAUCACAAUUUUGUUACAAGCCGACAUCUGCUGUCCCACUUCCUUACAUUCACUUGUUAGGACGUCUGCUUAUUUAAAGUGAAUUUGAUUGCAAUCACCAAGAACCUCUCAGUUGCAAUAAAAAGAAUUCCAGGUUGAUCUUUAUUUUUUAACUUCUAUCAUUACUUAUCUUUGAAGAUUUUAUUGGAUUUUAAAAUCAUUUUGUACUUGUUGGGUCAUUUCAGUAUGAAAAGGAAUGAGACUUCGUUUGGGAAUUAUAGAGAAAACCUAUAUUAAAAUUCUCUCACCCCAAAAGUGCCACCUCAUAUUUUCGAUGCAGAGAUGGCGGACAGUUGAAAGGCCAGGGAAUUAUUUUUUUUAAUGUGAAGAGAAACCAACUAUUAUUUCGUUUGAAAAACUAAUUCACGUGAGAAAAACAUCAUUUUCCGACAUGUUCUUUCACAGGAGAUCCCUAAAAUACAUUACUGAAACUCAAGAUAAUAAGCGCUGUUUCGCCCUUAACAACCAAACGGAUUCAAUAACACCUCCUUCACCCACCCCCGUAGUUAAUGAUGUUUGCAUUCUGCGUCCCUGUAAGUUACUAAUUACUCCAGAUAAUGAAUUUGUGCAAUACGUGGAUCAUCAAUACUAUUGUAAACAUCCUUUGCUGUGACUACAUCUCGUCAUUAACACGUCUAUAAUCAUGCAAAUUUCUGUGAUCAGCCACUCAAGCGCGUUACUGACGUUCCUACUGAUAAACACAGUGCACCAGCCGCUGAUGUAACCCUCAGGAUAAAUAGUUCUAAUCGAAACCGCGCGGAAAAUGUGCAGUCAACAGUGAGCCACUACAAAAUUAAACAGGUUUAAACUACAGGUACGUGCGUCAUCCUUAUGCAAAACAGCGAGACGGAAUUUUCGGUCCCCAGUGUGAAGUGUAUUUGUUAUGCGCAGUGGACUAUGCAUAAUCACAAGCUAAUGGCCAUCAGAGAAGGACUCGUUCAAAAAGUCAUUUGACGAGUGGGUGUUCUGAUUUCGCUUUAUAGCCUCGAAGAGCCAGAGUCGACUACAACAGCAAUGCAGGUGUCGCCUGAAACCCAAGAGAAAGAAGUUCCCGGAAAAUAUGGGUUGAAGUUCUUCCACGUUGUCGAGUUGGUCAUGGUGAGUUGAUUACAAGUAUCCGUAGAAACUACCAGUGAAUGUAAAUUUUUUGUCGCUCCCGUCUAGAAUAAAGCAAAGGAAUCGUAACUUAAUGCAUUCUUUGACAAAACCUAAAAUUGAGUGCCAAUAAGACACGUCUUCUUUACCAAAUACCCAUUGCUGUUUACAAAGCAUAAGUUCCUUCGUACAAGUCUACAAAAUAGAAGUCAAAUGUGUAUUUAACUUCUUUGAACCUUCAAAAAUUUAAUGAAUAUUCUCGAGAGAGUUUGGUCAAAGCAGACAAUUUUGGGUUUAUAUAUGAAGUUAAAGUUAUUGAUCUCUUCGUAAAUUAGCCAGUGAUGUUGUGUAAUCAGAUUUUGAAAUCCUGCAAUUGCUGUCUAGAAGCUGAGUGACUACAGUCAGAAAUUUAUUUAGGAGUGACUCUGUCACAAAACGUACUAAGCGCUCUAUUUGCGACGCUCUCUCUUAAAAAUUUUCUGUGUAAGUUUUCAAAUUCUAGUCGAAAGUUUUAAAGUUCUGAAGUUAAUCAAUUAAGCACGAAAGAGAGGCAUCGAACUCUUCAAAGUACUUGUUAUAAAGUAAACUCAAGAAAUCAUAACUUGUCAUAGUUUUACAAAGUUUUGUUUUAGGACUUUUAAUUUACAAUUUAAAUGCGUUACUCAUCGCAAACUACGUGCGAGGCAACGUACAAAGUUCAAACGCUUUCUAAGUGUAUUAAAAUUUUAUCAGAACAAUUACACAAGGAAUCAAACCUUGUAUUGUGAAAUGCCUGACUGCGAGGUAGUGUUAUAUUAAUGGUGUACAUAAAUGGUGCAAAUAGAUCAAUGAUCUGACUGCAAACUGAGGUUUGUACAUAGUAACGACACGCAUUAUGACUGACACUGUCAGUCGUUUUACGUUCGGAUGGUAUCCUUAAAAAAAUCUUUGAUCGCCUGAGUCUUUAAUUGUUUACUCUGUCUUUUUUCUCACGAAGCUGAUAAUGGUGCAACUUGAAGUCAGUGACACCAAACAAAUGUCUGUGUUGCCAAGUUUCGUUUCAUUUCGUUCUGAUUCUCCUCUGAUGUUAAUGGCACUUGAAGUAAAAGUAAUUUGCGUCACUUUGUGUCUGGUUAGAGCAAGCAAUAUGGGCUACAUGCACUUGGGCCUUCAAUCACGCGCAAAAGAAAACAAAGUUAGAAACAUUAACACGGAUAUGCCAAAAGGAAAUUAGACCAAAAUAUUUUUAAAACUGAAGUGAAAUUAACUCAAGACGUUUCAAAGCGGUGCAAUUAAUUAGGCCAAAGAGACUUUGGCGAAAAGUUGUAGCCUAAAAUGUGUAACGAGAUGUCGAGUCCGACCAGCCACAAGCUAUUUUUUUCACAAGAAUUAGUAAGUCAUGUCACGAAAACAACUGAACAGCAAAACACGACACACGCAAGGCCUCGAGAAAAAGUUCGCAUGGCAAUCGCCUCGCAGGAUAAAAACAAGUCAUUAUCUCAUUAGUUCCACUACUUUGGCUUUUUACAAAGGUUAAAGCGAAACAGUGGGAUCAUUAACGUGAUGGUGACGUGAAGGUCUCCCGCUUGAUCAGUCAACAACGGAAAACGAAUAUUGAAAAGCGAUAUUUGCAGUAAUGAACACCACUUACGCAGUAGUGAGAAUAAGGCCUGAAAAAAAAUUCAGGUCUGUAUGGGAUUUGAACCCAUCACCUUUGUGUUACCCGCGGUGCGGAGCUAACAAGCUAAUUGAGAGCUGAUCAUUGUGUUUGUUCAUAAUAAACCCAUAGAGUUAUGAAUCAAUGACUGUGGAUAUAUGAAAAUCAUAUAUGUGAACUGCGGUUUAAGAAAUGGAUAUAAAAACGAUCUUAGCAGUAAUGAACACCACUUAAUUAUUACUUACAUCAUUUUCAUAUAUUUAUAAUUAUUAAUUCAUCACUUCACGGCCGGGUUUAUUUCGAACCGACAAAACGACUCGCUCCCAGUCGGUUUGUGAGCUCAGAUGGUAGACCACUGCACCCGUAUCUCAAAGGUCAUGGGUUCAAAUCCCGCUCGGGCCUGAUUUUUUUCAGGCCCUAUUUUCACUACCUCUUAGAUUGUGUUGAUUACUGGGAAGAUCGCUUUCAUAUUCAAUUCUUAAACCGCAAUUCACGUGCAUGAUUUUCAUACACUCACAGUCAACAAUGGAAAAGAUUUGCUAUGUUUUGUUCUCACUUACUCAACUAGGAACCAAACUAAACCUUUACCUCGUCGCAAUGUUGUUCAGUGUUGCCUUUGGCUCUCUAUUCUGCGAGACAGUUUUAGAGAUAUAUCGAACAAAAUUUAUUCUGUUUUGUUGCUUUUUAACUAGUUGAAUAUGGAAUAAACUGCCUUUAAAAAGUUUCAAGAUUUGGUCACUGUAUUUUUUUUCUUAAUCGAGUAGAACGGCCACGGAUACUUCUAUAAAAGAAGAGACAAGUACAAGUGCUCCGUAUUUAAGGUCAACAUGGGCAUCAGAGGUAUCCACAUAUGCGAUAGGAAGGGAAUUAACAUCCUCUUUAAUAUGGAAAAGGUCAGUAAUCUCUGUUAUUAUCAGUACUGUAUACCCAAUAUGAUUCCAGCAAUAUUCAUCUUGAAGUCAGAAAGAACGUCUAAAAGAGUAAAUAGGUUACACAAUGCCAUCAGAGAAAUCCGAGAGAGAAAUGCGCUUUUUGAGAACGUUCCGAUAUUUGAGUCUUUUUUUUUAGAGUUCCUUUAAAAGUAGAGUAGGUAUAUAAUCAUGACAUAGUCUUCUACCAACCCUGGACUAACUCCAAAGAUUAGGAAUAAAUCUGAGAGUAAAGGGGAUGUUUAAGGUUGUCAAGGAUUGAUUCAGUCUGGCUAUGACGAGAUGGAAAAAUUGAGGCUAAAUGUGGUUGAACUAAAAAAAAAAAAAAAAAACUGUGACUUCCUGGAGUGAAAACCAUUCUUAGUCCCACCAUCUCUUCUCUCUCCAAAAAUGGGAUGAGCUCUCCACCAUAGUGUGCAGUUUUACUAGCCAUCAGGGAGGGGAGGGUAAAACACUCGGAGGAAAGCUGACGUCCACAAAGGGUUUUUGAGUAAGCUUUCUGAUAUGCGGCCGCUGCACGUAGGUUAUUGUGGGAGUAUAUAAUCCAUUCAUAGGUAGUAAAAAACCUGGGAGGCUAUCCCCCUCAUAAAUUUUCUAUCAGUGCAUAGAAAUGAUUUUAUAUCAUAAUCACUGUUGUAUUCGCCAGGUCAUGUGAAAAAUUUUGCCCGCAGUUAUGAAUCAUGUAAAGAUAUAAAACACCUUUUAUCCUUCGAGACAUGCAAGCUUAGAUUUUACAUUUAUCAUUAGUUUUCCGUCUUGUCUUUUUUUUCUCUAGAUUUACAAAGAGCCAGCGUUCGGGCGACUGAACUAUAACAUCUGUCUGCUAGACGGAUACACACCCUCCAUGUUCGCAAAUGGAACUCCUCACGAAAAGCAAAAAGCGUUUCUCAUGCAAUUGUGCAAGAUAGCUCAACAGGGAAAAAUAUUUGAAACAAGUGUGAAACUACUUCGAGAAUAUUCCACAAUAUGGCAAAACGCAGGUGAGAAACUUUUUAUGAUUUCAGUUCACUCGCCUGAUUAAGAUGUAACCUGAUCGGUUUUCGCCACUUCAUUAGAGACCAGUCAUUAUCAUCACCUAAGGGUAAGGGGAGGGGUGGGAGAUUGGGGGAUCACAUGGUUUACAAGGUGAACGUAAGGGGGAUUAAAACAGCAGAAAAUAAAACGGAACACAGCGGUCAAAAACUGGGCAUGCGUGAGAGUUUGAAAACAACAAUAAGGAUUCCCGAACGGAUGGAUAGCGUAAAGUAAGAAAGAGAAGAUUAAAUUCCUAACUAUUGUAAUGCGCAAGACAAAUGAAAGAAGGAUUUGGGAGAAAGAUCAAAUCUUGGCUUUAUUUUAUUGUGAGAUAUCCUAACUGUUUUUAACGCGGAAGCUUCGUUUCGGUGAUAAAGGAAAUGGCGGAACCUUCUUCUACCCUUGCUGUAAAGUGUACUAUCCGCCAUAAGCACAGACCUGUGAUCGUCGCAAAUAUCUUGUGUGGCUCUGGUUCUUCCUUUUUUCACACAUUUCCCUCAGUGUUUACCUGCAACUCCGCCAUGAACACAACAAAGAAUAAGUACCGCCAGCACGGCCAAGGUUACGGACGACUUCAUCACGACGCCAUGCAAAGCGUAUAAAAGAGAGUUUAAACUAACACAUAGAGGGUGAAGUCCAGAACAAUAGUGUGUAUGCGUCUCUAGAAAGUGCGAACAAACUACGUCUUCCUUUGAUUCUCCAUGUUUAUCCAUUAAAAUUACGAUGGAUCAAAUUGUCCAUCAUAGUGCGUAUAUGCAAUUAUUUGACCGCUGUGUUAUGAGAGGGGGACUCUAGAAAUUGAAUACCUAGCAAUUGCCAAUGAGGAGAAGGGGAGGGGGGGGGGAGGGGCGCAAGAAUAUUAAAGAGCUUUCAAAGGGGGAGAGAUAAGGCAGAUUCUAUCGUGACACAACCAAAAUCCCUUAGUGCUAUUGGUAUCGCAGAGGUCAUGGGUUCAUAUACGAUUAUAUACGAUACGAUCAGUGAUACUUGUGACUGAGUUAAUUACAAACAAUUCCAUUCAACGGUUUCCCCUCCAUGUCUUUAUAUCUGCAGACCCUACGCUGAAAUCCACGUGGGAGCAAAGCAUUAUGGACCUUACAUGUGACAUCUUUACUGAAGCUUUCUUAGGAAUCCGAGUCGAUCAUCAAGCAAUGUUCAAAUGCGUGAAAGGAAGCUGGGGGAAGCGGGGGUGUGUGAUCAGCCAAAUUAAUUAUAUUGUACUUCGAUCCACUGAUUUAUCAUUUGGUAUAUUUUAUGAAAUCAUAAACUCCUUAACACAUUAACAAUUAUCUUCAUCAUUGAAACAGUCGUUAAUGAAGCCCAACACGAAACAUAUAAUCAAUGGUGUAAUCUCGAGGCAAACCAGUCUUAAGCACAAUAGUAUUUAAGCUUGUUGUAACAAAUGCGAGCCAUAUUACUCAUUGCUCCUUGUUGAUUUCAUUUUCCUAAGAGGAUUCACCCGCUCAAUCGUUAACUCGUAGUUUGUACAUAUUUGUUUUUUCACCAGUUACCCAUUUUUUCUUUGCUCAUCAAAGACUUUUUUUUCUUUUUUUAUUAGAACCUUACGAAAAGGAAUAGAUGGUGCAAGCUGCUUGAAGCAGGCCUUCCGACAAAGUCCAGCUCUUACCGAUAUUAUCAAAAUAGCCGUCGAGGCUGGAGUGACAGAGGAACAAGCUUUGAUGGACGUUCUAUUUAUGCUCAAGUAAGACCCUAUUUGCCUACUCUCUUUUUAGGGUCAAAUUUUUAGGCUCCUUAAAAGUAUUCACUGUAAUCUCAAUUGACCACUUUGUGCUUUAUUUCACUGAUCGUAAUUUUCACUUCUCUUUGGAUCAAUAUUCAUGCACUUGUAUACACAACAAGAAACAUGCAGACCCCGUUUUUGCAGACUCAUGCUGCGUAAGUCCAUACAAAAAUUUGCUUGUUGAUCUUUAAGCCUUCAAUGAGCUACUAGUAUCCGACUAUUAUUAAUUAUGAUAAAUAUUUGAUAAUAAUCAAUUAUGAAAUACAACGUAAACUAGCGUGGGAGUUGGGUUCCAAAGCGUUGUUGUUGUUAUUCUUACUUAACAAGCACCCCGUUGGCAACUGUGAAUAAAACUAACCAUCAAAAUCGUAACUGAAACAAGUGUUAGAUAUUAUCCUUAAAAUUAAUCAUGAAAAACAUCUCGACACCGUCUUUUCCUUUCAGUUUCAAUGCUUAUGGCGGUGUAUCCGGUUCUUUGAGGACCUGUAUGGCCCGUUUAUUCGUGCUCGAGCAGGAUUACAAACAGAAAAUGAAAAAUGAAAUGAUAACAGUGUUGUCGAAUCAAGAACUGUCCAAGGAGGCCCUCACAGAAAUGCCGCUCCUGCACAAUUUCAUCUUAGAGGUAUUGCGUAUGCACCCACCAGUGCCAGUCUUCUUUGGACGGGCGAGGUCAGUAUCGUGUCUUCCCUAUUGACAUCUCAUCUAGAUAAAACUUCAUCGUUAAACUUUUAUUCAGGAAAAAAUAAAUAAAUAACUGAAAAAAGAUACUAAGCUACAAAUACUUAGCACUGGGAUUGCAAUCAGCCACAGCGUUUUGAGCUAGAAUUCGUGAGAUAAGAGAUACUUAGUAAGGGAAAUCUGUCAUAUUAAUAUAUUUACAUCUAAAAUUGCGAGAGAGAGGCCAGUCAGUAAAUGGGGUUACAGGGAGUGAAAGGUCAUUUCAUAAAUGAAAAGUGUUUUCCUUUUAAUAAACCAUCUUGAAUGAAGUAACAAACCCUUCCAGCAGCUUACGUAAUAUCUAUAAUAUUUACUUCUCACUUGCUGUAAAGUGCUGUAAAAUGCUUUUGGAAUAUUGUAACCUAGCAAGGCACCAACCAACAACUCCUUUUACCAAAGUGGGGAUUACCUCAGCCUCUAUGUCUGAGGACAAAGUUUCGUUUCUUACAUUCCAUGUCUUCUAUUCUCAACAGAGAGGAUUUCAUCCUUAACUCUGACAGCGGCAAAUUCAUCGUAAAAAAAGACGAACUUCUUGUUGGAAAUGUACGCAUGGUGCACAGGGACGAAAGAAUAUUCGAUCAGCCACACAAAUUUUUACCGACUCGAUUUGAAAACAAGGUAAAGUUUUAUUCUUCCUUACGAUUCGAAGAGUAAUGGGGACCAAUGUCUUUUGGAGCAGAAUCAAAGAUGGAAUACCUUACGAGCUAUAGAAAUGAAGUAGGGUAGAAGAAAAUUCAGUUCUUACGGAAAUACUCCAAAUUGUAGAAAUAACGGGUAGUAAAAUUUUGUUAAAGACACCAUUUGAAUCAGUUGAUAAUUUUGUUGAGGUCCCCUUUCUUGUUCUUGUUUAAUUGUAGGCCCUAAUAGAUCACAUCAUAUAUGGAUAUGGACCCUUUAAUGAAGAGGCGACGCCUCAAAAUCAUCACUGUGCGGGACAGGUAAAUACUCUAACUAUGCCUUAACUAGAGCUUUGAUGAAAAUGAGACUGAACCAGUCUUACUCGGGCGUAAAAGCAAAACCAAAUUAGUCAAACGGGGCCAUCUUCAGACAAAAGGAAAAAUCACAUAACAAUAAUAGAAACUUAGAGUAAAUGCAGGCACACCUUCCUGAAGCGCCAGAAAACGUGCAAUCUGGUAACCAGGUCUCACUUGCUUUCAAAGUUACCUCAGACCGGUUGAGAAGGUGGCGCAUGCUUACCUACCAAUCACGUAGCGUCUCGACUGGAAACAGAGCUGGGCGAAGUAAAGCAAGUCGGAAUAUUUUUUUAUAUAUUUUUCUCGCGUUAAUUUUGAAAUCCUUUUGUAUAAUCUCUUUUCCCUUUCUCUCUUGAUUGUCUCCUGGUUCACGUUCUUCGUUCUCGGCUUCUUUUCUACUUUUCAUCCGGCCCUUUUUAAACAUGUUCUUGUUUUUUUUUUAUUUCUUUGUUUGUUACAUCCUUUUGCUUCUGUGUAUGAUUUCAUGGAAGAAAGUUUCAUUGCAGGAGAUCACCCUGACAGUACUAAAGGUUGCGGUGGCACACGUUGUGCUGAACUGCGAAUUUGGCUUGGUGGAUCAACCUGUAUGGACAGGGAAAAAGUGAGUCAUUUGAAUUUGUAAAAUAUUUUGCAGAUUGUUUUCAUUGACUCCUUGAAUCUUCUAGCCAAGUAUUAUGCUAUUUAUCCGCACCAUUUCAAUACAUCAUCCCACAUGUGAGUGAGGACUGAGGAGAACUAUCACGGCUAACCGAAAGAAGUCGUUAUCCUUACGCAACGCCAUAUUCGUUAAUUUACCAAAAAAUAAAUAGCAACCAAACGUGAGAAUUCCUGGUAAGAUCCUAAGAGUCUGGGGGUAUUGAAAAGAAAGCUUUCAAAAAUUAAUUUUGCUCAUCCGUAAGGUUACAUAUGUAAUUCACUGUCGGAAAACAUCUCAAAUGGCCGAGCAAUAACUAGUCUUCUUUGCAGCUGUUCUUCAGAGUGUCACACAAAGCUUUACCCCACCCCCGCUUUUCCCCACGAAAAGCCUUGCUUGUCAUCCCAAAGAACGGCUGUGAAGAAAAGACAACAGUGCUAUCCAAAUAAAGAAUCAUAAAGAGCUUCAGCUGCUCAUUUUGAUUUUGAUUUGUCUUUCAUUUUAGAUUAAGAAGAGUUGGUUGCCCAGACAAGGAGAUGAAACUUUCUUAUUUCAAGUACAAGCCCUCUGAGGUGAGAUAUCAUAAUUAAGCGAAAAAGAGAGAUCGAGAUAAAGUAUCAUCAUCAAGAAAAAAAAAUCAAUAAACGGAGUUCCUUGAUUUUUAUAUUCCAAUCAAAAUUGGAAAUUCUAUGGUGUCAUUUUUUGUCUCUUAGUAGAUUCUCCACUGACAAGAGAUCACCAGUAUUUGUUUAUUGACCAGCUUUUCCCGGUCAUCAUGGCUGAAUAAGGGUCUGUUCUUGUUUCGCACUUUAUAAAAAUCCCAUAUUCAGCCAUCGCGACCGAAAAAGUUUUGUCAAGAACGUGUAUGCCUCUGCGUGCUUUAUAAAACAUGUCAAUUCGCCAGUUGACGUUAAAAGCUUAUCCUUUUCCUCUUUUUCUCGAUGACUAGGUCGACGGGGGAGAUGUGGCAGUUCAAGACAUGACAGAAUAGAAUGACUGCUUUUAUUACGUGUGCCAUUGUACGCACGUCCACCGUAGACCGUCCGGGGAGGACGACCUGGCCGUGGUCAUGAAGAAUGGUACAAUGGUGCCGAGGUCCUCCCGGCUGACACUAGGACGGUGGAGUUUCGCUUAGCAAUAGUCGUGUUUGAUCGCACAAAUUUGUACCAAGGACAUUGAAUACGUCCAGUCAUCAAGUUAAAUAUGUGACUGAUUGGUUUCAAAGUUUCAAAACCAUUCAAUGCGUUUUCGGUUUUGAGUUGUAAUUAGCUGCGAAAGAUUGUUGAGAAGGAUGUUAUCACAAAGUUUACGAAGUAUUCAGGGAACUAUGAGUAAUGACGUUCAAGUUAGAUAUCUGAUUGCUAGUUGCUAGAGACAAAAACCAAAGACAACAGACAACUAUCACUCAUCCACCAACGACGGUUUCUGCAACCUGCCACAAAUAAACCCGAAAUAGAAAACGCACUGAGCAAAAAUUAACACCAUGUUAAACUACAUGCACGAAAAUUAUUUAUACAAAGAUAACUAAUAUCAUCAAAUGUCAUAGCGGUACAACGCCCAGAUAAAUAAACAAGAACGGCCAUAUAGCAAAAAGCCCAGUUUCCUCGAAAAGAUAUGCCUUUGAACGAUGCAAAGAGUUUUCGUCUGCAAAAAUAGUAAACCUAGGCCCUGCACAAAACAAAAAAUUACCUUUCCAAGAAUGAAAAUUAUCAAUUAAAAAGAUGAAUAUUAGUGAAAAAUCACUUCGUACCCGAAUUGUCAUUAUCCUAUCCUCUUAUCAUUUAACCGAUAUUUCACAGGGGGUUUAAGCAAAUGCGAGC